AUUACGACCUGAUAACGUCGUCCACAAAGAACAUUAAACGCAAAUUGUAGGUAUUCGUUAAAUACGUCGAGUCCGGUUUUCAAUUCGUAUCAUGAACGGUUUACGAUUAUUUAGACGAUUUGCUGGAAGUGUGAAUGCCGUAAAUGCUCGUUCCACGAGUGAACACGCUAUUGUUGUCACCGACGACGCCUCGACCAUAGUAUGUUACCAUCCCGAGAGACAGUUCCCGUACGAAUGCACUAAACCAUUACCAAAGGAAAAAGUGUUGGACAACUCAGUGUUACGAGUUCAGAACAAAGAGUUUAUACACGAGGUAUUUAGCAAGCCCAACAGUGAACUAGUUCAACAGGAAUUGAUGAAAAUGACGUUCACCACCAAACAUCGAUGGGUACCACCUAAAAAAUGGAAAAGACGAUUUGCUCAUCCAAAAAUUGUAGACCGUCCAUACUUGUAAUCUAUUUUAAAGUUUAUUAUUUUUUAAAACAUACUAGUUUUAUAUUUUGUAGUACAAAAGAUAUU